AUGUGUCACGCCCGAUCCAGCCAGCCACGCGCAUCCUUCCCUUUCGGGCAACCCCCACUGCCCGAUACAGCACCACAUAACUCGCCGCAUCGGGCAACACACGCCGCCCGAUCCGGAAGACGCGCCCGCUCCAGAUACGGAAAUCCACUGUACCCUCAACAGGCGCCGUUUGUUUACCCACCACCUGAAACACGCAUCCAACUAGAACAAGCACAAGUAGUCGCUACUGUAAUACCGAUGACAAGAGAGAAUUCCACCGCGUCCCAUUCUAGUUCCUAUCUGUCAACAACUAUGCUGGCCUGUCUCUCUGACUGGCCACCGCCGCUCACCAGUGUUUUGACACUCUUUUGUUUGCUUGCUAUUAUUGCUCUUUUGUUUGUUUGUUUGUUUGUUUGUUUGUUUGUUUCUUGCUUGCUCUUGCUCUUGCUCUUAUGUUUUCUUUUUUUCUUGCUCUGGCCCUGUGGUUUUGGCACUUCCCACCUCGCAAACGCUCCUGCUCCUCUCACUCAAACGUAUAAAUACCUUGACACUUCUGCUAAAUUCUCAAAUUCCAACUUCAUUCUUCUUCCUUUGUCUCUCUCUUCCAUCCUAGACCCUCAAGAAAAUACUCUUUCUAACACUCGCUUUAUCCGCUUCAACUCAAACAAACUACACUUUUUAAAAAUGCAAUUCUCUACUGUCGCUUCCGUCGCUGCUGUCGCCGCCGUCGCCUCUGCUGCCUCCAAUGUCACCACCAUGACUGCCACUCAAGAAUCCACCACUUUGGUCACCAUCACUUCUUGUGAAGACCACAGAUGUGUCGAAACCACUUCCGAUGCCAUCGUCUCCAUUGCCACCGUCACCGUCGACAACGUCAUCACCUCUUACACUACCUGGUGUCCAAUUGAAACCACUGCUGCUCCAACUGCCAACAACACUGUUGCCCCAGCUCCAUCUACUUCUUCCAAGAACAACGGUUCCACCACCACUACCAUCUGUGAAACUUGUACCAAGUCUGUCUACGAAGGUGCUGCUAACAAGGCUUUACCAGCUGCUGGUGCUUUGGUUGCCGGUAUCGCUGCCAUGUUGAUGUAA